GCGUAGUCUCGCCCGCGAGCACGAGAGAGAGAGAGGAAUGACAUUUUGCGCCGGGCAGUUAAGCGUGGCAGACAGAAACAGCAGAGAGCGAAAGAAACACAGUGGUGAAUUACAAUUACACGAAGAAUCCGGAUAUAAACUGAUUUCGAGGUUAUUUCGCUGGUUGAGCUUUGGAGACUGUGCCGAGGGCGCUACAUACACACGACCGCAUGACGAUUCGUCCCUGCUGGAUCGACAUAACGAGUAAGAGAGAGAAAUAGAAAGACAAGGGAAGACGCAUGAAGGUGUUCGCACACGGGGCGGGCCGGUCAGUCUCACUACUAGACGGAGAUAAAAUUUUUGGCCGCACGAGAAAGACAGUAAGUGACAAAAGGGAGAAAAAAACAAUCUAAAGCAAAGAAAACCCAGGUGAACGAGAAACAUAAACAAAUAAGCAAGAGUGAGCGAAUCGACUGGCUCGGUUUCGCGGAUAUCGACGGAGGCUGCUGGACCGCGUGGUCUUGCGAGGCUCCUGUGACUAUCUCGUCCCGUUCGGGUUGUUAUUGUUGUUGAUCGAUAUCCCAUGAGAGGGACAGGUAGCAAAAGCUAGAGAAAGAGAGUGUCAGAGAGUCGGAGAGAGAGACAUAAUCGACAAGAGCAAGAGGAGCGACGAGAGAAGAAACUAUCGUUACGGUGAGAGGAAGUGGAAGCGAGAGAGAGAGAGAGAGGUUGGCAACGGUGGUGGUGCCGCCGCGCCGCGCUGCGCUGGGUGGCGGUGGUUGGUGGUGGUAGUGGUGGUGCGCCGUGACACACGCAGUGGUGGUAACGAAGGCACGAAGGACACGACCGUGAGAAGAAAGAAGGGUUGUUAUGGGGCGAGGAGACUGCCAUUGCGUGCUGCUGCUCGUCGCGUUGACCGCGCUGGCAGCCGCGAAUGCCUUCUCCACUGACAGUAAAUCGGCUUGCCCGCUGAGGCAGUUUCGAUGCGCCAAUGGCAGAUGCAUACCGAUCUCGUGGGUCUGCGACAAAACCGACGACUGCACUGACAAUUCCGACGAAAGUCCGGAGGAAUGUAAAAACACCCAGGAGUGCAAGGAGUCAGACUUCAAGUGCACCAAUGGCCGAUGCAUACCCAAUAUAUGGCAUUGCGACGGCGACCGAGAUUGUCCGGACGGCGCAGAUGAGGAUCCUGCUGUCUGCAGGACCAAGACCUGCACGCCGGAACAAUUCACGUGUCAUUCGGGCAAUGGGGAGUGCGUGGCAUUAACAUGGAUGUGCGAUGACAACCCGGACUGUUCGGACGGUUCAGACGAGGCUGAGUGCAACGACACUUGCCGGUCGGACGAGUUUACCUGCGCGAAUAAGCAUUGCAUCCAGCAACUGUGGGUCUGCGACAACGAUAACGAUUGUGGAGACAACAGUGACGAGAAGGAUUGCGGGCCGAUUACUUGUAAUCCUGACACUGAUUUUGCGUGUUCCGAGGAUUAUUGCAUAACAUCGCGGUGGAGAUGCGAUGGCGAUUACGAUUGUCCUGAUCGAUCUGACGAAACAGGAUGCAAGGAACCUCCGGCUGGAAAGAAGAUAAGCCACUGCGACAAGGAGUUUGAUUGCGAUGAUGGCGUAACUUGUAUCCACCAGACUUGGGUGUGCGAUGGCGAGAAAGACUGUCCAAAUGGUGCGGACGAAUCCCCACAGAGAUGUCAGAAUGUCACCUGCAGACCCGAUCAAUUUCAGUGCGAAGAUCGACGUUCUUGCAUCCCAGGUUAUCUGUACUGCAAUGGCAAAGCCGAAUGCGCUGACGGAAGCGACGAGAAGAAUUGCACGAGCAAAAUCGAAGUCUGCGAUCCACAGACUCAGUUCAAAUGCGGAAAAGGCUCAUGCAUUCCCCUGAAUAGGGUCUGCAACAAAUAUCCAGAUUGCAUCGGCUCGGAGGACGAGAACGAGGAACUCUGCGGUGUGAACGAGUGCGCGAAAAAUAAUGGUGGAUGCUCGCAGAUUUGCGUCGAUCUGCCUAUCGGUUACCGAUGCGACUGCCAACCGGGAUACAGACUCAUUGACAAUCGCACAUGCGAUGAUAUCGACGAAUGUUUGGAGCCUGGCAGCUGUUCUCAGUUUUGCCAGAAUGAGAAAGGCGGUUUCAAGUGCAACUGCGCCCCAGGUUAUCUUAGAGAUCCGCGCAAUUCAACACGCUGCAAAGCCGCGGAGGGUCACGCGAGUUUAUUAUUCGCCCGUCGACACGACAUCCGAAAAGUAGCUCUGGACCGCCAGGAAAUGACCGCCAUCGUAAACAACACCAAAAUGGCAACAGCUUUAGACUUUGUCUUUCGUACCGGGAUGAUCUUCUGGAGCGACGUCAGCGAGAAAAAAAUUUACAAAGCUCCAAUCGACGAAGGCAAUGAGCGCACGGUCGUUAUCGAGAAUGAUCUUACCACGUCAGACGGAUUGGCAGUUGAUUGGAUUUACAGUCACAUUUAUUGGACAGAUUCCGGGAAGGAUACCAUCGAAUUAGCCAAUUUUGAAGGAAACAUGAGGAAGACUCUGAUACGAGAUCGCAUUCAAGAACCUAGAGCGAUAGCGCUGAAUCCUUUGGAAGGCUGGAUGUUCUGGACGGACUGGAGCGAUGAGGCUCGCAUUGAACGGGCUGGCAUGGAUGGCACUCAUCGAUCGGUGAUUGUCGGCAAUGAUGUCAAGUGGCCUAAUGGCUUAACUUUAGACCUGAUCGGCAAGAGAGUUUAUUGGGUGGACGCCAAAUUAAACAUCAUAGGUUCUUGCAAUUACGACGGCACGGGCAGACGAACGGUUCUCUUCUCCCCCGUCACUCUCAGGCAUCCUUUCAGCAUUACAACAUUCGAAGAUUACGUGUACUGGUCCGAUUGGGAUAAAGAAACGAUCUUCAAAGCUAACAAGUUUACCGGGCUGGAAGUCGAGGCUGUAACGUCGAUCAGAACGCUUCAACAUCCGAUGGUGGUCCAUGUCUAUCACCCUUACAGACAGCCCGACGGGAUGAAUCAGUGCCAGGCCGUCAACGGGCAUUGCAGCCACCUGUGUUUACCGGCACCUAAAAUCAACUCCAGAUCACCGCUGUUGUCAUGCGCCUGUCCAGAUGGCUUGCGAUUAUUACCCGAUGGAUUGAUGUGCGUGGAAAAUGUUACUACGACCGUAGCACCGUCCACACAAGCGACCACGAAGCCGUUCAUGAGGCUCCAGCCUCUGAAUGUUUCUACGAGUGAUAAUCCACUUUCCUCAGCGGAUGCAGACGGGAAGGAUAGCAUAGGAGCUGAAUCUACAGAUCCUGGUUUAGUCGCUGGAAUCGUGAUAGGCGUAGUGUCCUUAGGACUGCUACUACUCGCCCUUGUGGCGAUAGUCUGCUACAGGCAUUAUCUUCAUCGCAAUGUUACUAGUAUGAACUUCGAUAACCCCGUCUACAGGAAGACUACAGAGGAUCAGUUCAGUCUUGAGAAAAACAGAUUUCCGCUUCCCGCAGCUACAGUUGGGGAGGAGGCCCAAGAACCAUUGACAAGUCCUGGAACAAAUGACUAUGUUUAAGUCUCAAUCUGUCAAUGCGGAGAGCUAAACAGGCUAUUGAAGUACUAUUAUCGACCAAGUGAUAAAGCUAUGUAAAGAAAAGCAAAGUGUUUGCGUCGAAAGGACCUGUCCAUGCAUUCAUGCCUGCGCUCGCUCGCAAGCCUGCCAACCAAAACUGUGAUUAUGUUAAUUUUUUUGUAUCUAUUUCUUUAAAAAUAUAUUUUAGCACUUUGUCACUCGGAUAUAUAUAUAUAUACAUAUAUACAUAUAUUAUGCGUGCAACAUUUAGAUUUGCUUCGGGGACAUAAAAGGAGAAAUUAUCGAGAGAAACUGUUGCCAAAUAAGCGAUCUUAGAUUCAUGUAUCCAAGUAAUUCGAUAAGAAAUUAAGAUUCCUAAUUAAUAUCUUUAUUUAGUUAAGCAGCAUAUAAUUUGUAAUAUAGCACUUUUUUAAUCUGAGAUACGUAGCACUGAUUUUAUUCGCGCUAUGUAUGUAUUUGUAAGAAUGUUAAUUUGUUAUUAUUGAAUUAUUUAUUGGUUAAGAAUGUAAUAACUACUUUAUUAGUAGAAUUUUUUUAAAACUACUAAAGAUACUGUUUUUGGUUUGUUUUAGUAGUAUUUUGUAGGAGUCAUAAUAUGUAAAUAUGAAAUCUCAAUUGUUAAAAUUAUUUACAAAUUAUUGCAAUAUACGUCGAAGUAUAUUUGAAAUGAAAGUUUUAACAGUUAAGUGUAAAGUAAAUUAUUAUCAAAAUUUUGCAGAAUAAGACUGUAAUUAAUGUUCUCUGUUUUGAGUUCUCAUUGGAAUUCUCUAUUUUGUUAAAGGAGAAAGGAAACUUUUGCUGGCAAACUAUCAAUAAUCAUGAUUUUUUAUUAUUUUUUUCAUAAUGUUUAGAUCUAAGAAUAUAUUUAUAUAUAAUCCUCUCUAAUAAGUUAUUAAAAAAAGAAUUGAGAAUUGUAAGUAAGGAGAUGCAUGCAAAUUUCUCCUUUUAUGUCUAUAUAAUGCGCGCGAUACCGUCGACACACGUCACAUAUGUCAGAAUUUCUCAGCAGCUAUCUGUAUUUUGAUGGGUGGUCCAUAUCACAAAGAAAACCGCUCCAUAUUUAUAUAGAUAUUAUGUUAUUGUUUAUACUUACAGUGUAACAAAACGGAAAGCGAUCAUUGUAGUAAUGAUACGAGCUCAAUGACACUAAAUAUGACUGUGCAUUCGUUAAGCGGAAACUGUUGUCAGGUACUUCAACCUACUAAAGAAAUCAGUGUAUUUGUAUAGAAUUAUUGCGUCGAGUAUAGUAAUUAAAAAAUUUUAUUUACUAUAUAAGUAUAAAUAUGAGUAUGUAUAUAUAUACAUAGUGUUACGAAAAUUCGAUAUAAAAAAUGCACCAAAAAAGUUGGCGAAAAGUUAAAUAAUAAAUAUGCAAAUUUUUCAUUCUAAGUAAUAACUUUUCAGAUAUGAAUUGGGUCGGUUAAGUCAUGAGCUGUGAUUAAAGGAAGCUUCGCGCGAUCAUAAACAGUAGAUAAAUGAUAAUUCCGCGCGGUUAUUAACAUUAACAUUAUCGUAAAUGUGACUCAAAUAACUAUUUAAUCGCAACUUAUGAUUUGACCGAACUUCUCUUAUAUUUAGAAGAACUAUUUCUCGGAAUAAAAAUUCGAUGCAUUUUUAUUAUUAUUAAUUUGCGUGAAUUUUUCUGCUACGAGGUUUUUAUACGCAAUUUUUGCGACACCCUGUAUAGAUGUAAAGGAUGAUCAAGCAAAAAUAUGUAUCAGUAACAAGUUUGUAUGAAAGUAAAACUAGAUUUGUCUAGCGCUUGCUUAAUUUAUGGUAUUUGCUCAUAUUUUAACUAACUCGUUAAUCAAGCUUUAAUUAAAUUUCUACUAGCAAUAAAAGAAAGUCGCAUGCAUCAAGGCUACUGAUCCAUAUCUUUCUUGAGAUACAUCCUACAUAUGUAUAUUUAUGAUAUAUUAUACUAUUACUAUAUUGAAAAAUGAUUAAAUGUGAGGCAAAACGUUUUAUUAGAUAAGAUUAAAUAAUAUUACUAUUAGAUAAAUAAUCUAUGUACGUUGACGGAUAGCAGAUUAUUUUCACACGUGUGAGAAAUUGUAAUAACAAUUUCAUGCUUUUGCCAAUCUACAAAAGAAAGUCAAAAUGAAAUUAUUGUCUCAGAAUCAAUAUCUGGAAAACUAAUUUAUAAUAAUUCAUACAAUAAUUUAUAUGCACUUUAUCUGGUCUUGUUUCUCUGGGACCAAGAAAUUUUGUACAGAAAAUGUAAAUGAUAUUUUCAGUGUUUACUUUGCUUUACUUGCUUAUAAAGAUUAUGUAAACGAUAACGUAAAACAAUUGUCAAAUAUAGAAGAAAAAGAAAAAUAGCAUU